AUGGAGAACGCAGCGGGGCAACAUCGCGCUUCAGACGAGGAAGAAAUGGAGAAAGAAGCCAGACGCCGCCGAGGCAACAAUCCUCCAGAUUCGCUUAGCCGAGGACAUGCUCGACUCAUCUAUGAAGAAGACAGUAAUCUUGAAGAGAGCCCUGGAUCCAGUAGCGCUCACUCUCUGCGCAUCAGCCGUGGCCCCGGCAAUGAGGUUAGCCAUGGUAACGGGAAAAGUGGAGACCGGCAUACCGAGGACGGGUCCGAGACGGUCCAGAGACAGAACAAGGGCGGCCCAUGCCCCCCAUUACAAGAGACAACAGGACAAGCCGCGUCUGCAGAAGCUCAGCCGCAAACUAAAAAAACAGCGGAGGACGAGAUCGAUGAUUCCAGCAUCAGUCUCAGUCGCCUCAGAAUCAAACGUUCUUCCUUGAGUAUCUCUUCACUGGAACAAGGCAGAAAUAGUGUAUCUAUCAUUCAACAGAGACCCCCAAUCGAUUUUAAGAAGCGCGCGCCCCUCAACAUGGAUUCACCAGCAAGUUCGGCUAAGAAGCGAGACCUUUCGGUCUCAGCUCCUGGUGAUAGCGCAUCACCCACUAAGAAGUCUAAGGUCGAUGAUAAGGCCAUCGGUAGCAACACUCAAGGUGACAAGGAUGAAGAGUCCGAUGACGUUGAUUACGAGUCCGAGCCCGAUCGUUUCCGCGAAGAAGACACUCCCCCUUCAGACAACAACGGCGACGCAACUGGUGGCAAAGCGAAUGCUAAAGCCCCAGCCAAGACCAAGGCUAAGAAGUCAAAGGAGUCUAAGAAGGAGAAGGAGAAGAAACCUCAGUACAAGCCAACUGAUAAGGAGACUGCUAAGCCAGAGACAGCGCGUAAGAACAUGAUUGACCGCUUUAACACACUGGCGAAGAAUGCCAAGUAUGUGGCAUUUCACAGUGCUGUGGUAGAGUCGGUCGAGGACGAUGCGCUCAAGAAGAAAAUCUCCGAGAAGGCAGACAAACUAUGGCUCGAGAUCAUGGCAGCUGGCAUUAGCAAGGAUGCCAAUCCCGCAGAGAUGUCUUCACACAACAAGAACAACAAAAGACAGCGCCCUGACUUUAGCCUCGCGAAGAAACGUAAGAUACAAAUACAAACUCAAUAUGAUCACCCAGGUACUGACGAAACUAAUAGAGUAAAUUCACCUUCGGAAACAACUGACGCGGAGGCGGAGGCUGAAGACGGACGAGACAAUUUGCUUCUUUCAGAUGGUGAGCACACGCCGGAAGGUUUACGGCGGAACACGAUAGUGGGACAUCACAAAUUCGAGUACCCCAUCUACAUAGCAAACAAUGCACAGAACAUUGCACGGAACGGUGAUAUUCGCGACCAUGCCACACAAUUCCCAAAGUCCUUCACGGACCGUGAACAGGCCAACGCAAAGCUCCUAGAACUCACACAGUAUGAAAACUUCGAAGGCGACGUCGCCGGCGUAGUCCGUAGGAAUAUUUUUGAAUACACGCCCCUCAAACUCCUCAAGGCCGAGGUCAAGUUAAGUACUGGCGAGGAGCGCGUCUUCUGGGUAGACAGGCACCUCGUAGAACUACGGAACCUCACUAAAAAGGAGCGGAGGUCGAAGAAAUGGUCUGCCAAGCGGCCCGCGCUCCCGCAUUUCAUCGUGGAAUGCGAGUUCAUGACCCGUAGCACGAGCGAGACCCCCCGACAGCCUCUAGACGAAGAUGAAGGAGACAGUGUAGAAGGUGACAUACAAAUGUGUAGCGAAGUAGUCGGCGACCAGACUGGCGAUCUCGAGCUCCAACGGCUGCCGCUUGCCACGUUUACGGAUAGACGGCUCGCUAACGACCAUGCUGGGGCGCUGUUCCUAAAACACUCAGCAGUUUGCGAAGAGAUCCGCACGCCGCUAGACGACUUUUGGUGGGUGAACAACGCGGUCGCGGCGCACAGAGAGGCGGAGAAGAAGGCCGGAGAAAAGGACGGGUUGUACGUCGCGGAAAUUUAUUCGAUGGAUAUGAACACGCGGCUGGGAUUCGACUGGAUAAGGGUCGCCGUUUACGCCGUAGACGAUGUAACUGGGCCUCUAAACAUCUAG